AUGGACAAGCAGUUUACUAAAUUCCUGGAAGUAUUCAAGAAACUACACAUCAACAUUGCAUUUGCGGAGGCCUUAGAGCAAAUGUUGAGCUAUGUCAAGUUCAUGAAGGACAUCUUGUCCAAGAAGAGGAAGAUGGACGAUUUUGAAACUUUGGCAUUGACAGAAGAGUGUAGUGCUAUACUGCAAAAGAAGCUCCCUCCUAAACUGAGAGAUCCUGGGAGUUUCACAAUACCAUGCACUAUUGGGAGAAUUGAGGGAAUAAAUGCUCUUUGUGAUUUGGGGGCUACCAUCAACUUGAUGCCAUUGUCAGUUUUCAAGAGAUUGCAACUUGGAGAAGCCAAGCCCACAACUGUAACUUUGCAACUAGCUGAUCGUUCGUUGGCACAUCCAAGAAGGGUAAUUGAAGAUGUCUUAGUCAAAGUAGACAAGUUUAUUUUUCCUACCGAUUUCAUAGUUCUUGACAUGGAAGAGGAUAGAAAUGUUCCCAUUAUCCUUGGGAGACCCUUCUUGGCAACAGGCCAAGCACUCAUAGAUGUUCAAAAGGGUGAGUUAAAGUUGAGAGUGCAAGGAGAAGAAGUUGUAUUCAAUGUGCUCAAGGCCAUGACCUAUCCAGAAGCUAGUGACAAUUGA